CCGACCCGCGUGUCCUCCUGCGCAGACGUUGGGGAGAGCGGCUUAGGUACCUGGGAAGUGUCGUCAUCCUAUUUUAGGUGCAGGCCUGGUGUGGUCUCCUGUCUGGACAGUGGGAAGAGAGCAACGCAGAAGGACACUGGCUCACUAGUGCCUUUACAUUGGUUUGGCUUUAGCUGUGCAGCACUGAUUGCUUCUGGUGGGAUCAUUGGCUAUGCAAAAGCACGUAGCAUGCCAUCCUUGGCUGCCGGGCUCCUCUUCGGGGGCUUAGCAGGCCUGGGUGCUUACCAGCUGUCUCAGGAUCCGAGGAACGUCUGGGUUUUCCUAGUUACAUCGGGGACCUUGGCUGGCAUCAUGUGAAUGAGAUUCUACCACUCUGGAAAAUUUAUGCCUGCAGGUUUAAUUGCAGGAGCCAGUUUGCUGAUGGUUGCCAGAGUUGGAAUUAGUAUGUUGAAUAGACCCCAUCAGUAGUAAUCAUGUCUCAGCUCGGACUCAAGAAGAAUUAAAAAUCUGCAAACUUCCACUAUUUUCAGUGUAUUAAGAAAAAUAGGUGCAGGAUUUCUACAUGUUCUGACAUUUUACUUUAAAAGAAACAACAAAAACCAAAAAAACAGCACUGAACUUGAUAGAGG